CAGAAGUUCCCUUCCCACUGGAUGCUCUCUCACUUCCUCUCUCCCCGCUCCGCUCUCAAGCUCCCGACCGCCCCCGAGCAGCCUCCCGUCGCAGCGCAGUCGGGCAUCCAUGGCAGGGUCAUUGAUUAUUAAUGGCAAGAUAAUUGCUGCGAUGAUUAGAAACUCAAGUACAGAAAUCAAGGAAUUGAUCACAGCAGCAUGGAAGGAGUGCCCAAAUUGCGAAUAUCACAUGCAUAAUGACGAUGUUUCAUCUCAGUGGCCAGGACUCCCUGUUGGUGUUAAGUUUGAUCCAACUGAUCUGGAACUGAUUGGACACUUGGAAGGAAAGGUUGGGAGGGUAGCAUCCCAUGUACUAAUAGAUAACUUUAUUCCAACAAUAAAGGAGGAGGAAGGAAUCUGCUAUACACAUCCCAAAAAUCUCCCUGGUAUCAAGAUGGAUGGGAGCAGCAGCCAUUUCUUCCACAAAAUAUCAAAUGCUUAUGAAGUUGGCAAGCGCAAGCGUCGCAAGAUCAGCAAUACUAAUGACACUGAUUGUGAUGAGAAUAUCACAUGGCACCAGACUGGAAAAUCUUCACGCAUCUUGGAUAAUGGCGUCAUAAAAGGCUGGAAGAAAAUACUGGUUCUUCACAAAUGCUACAACGAAAAGAAAGUUAAAACUAACUGGACGAUGCAUCAGUGUCACCUUGGGGCAGAGGUAGGUGAAAAGCACGGGGAGCUUGUUGUGUCGAGAGUCUUUUGGCAGGUUAAAAACAACACUAGGAAGUCGAAGAUGCAUGCUGCUGAUGCCGAAUCCGGUUCAUCUGCCGUGGAAAUCAAUCCUACAACCCCAAAUAUGUACCCUCCACAGCCUCGCGGCCUAAGCGGUAGUCCAUUGGAAACGGAACAGAAUCAGGAUGAGGAAGAGCCCGACUCAUCCGCUGUUCAGGGCUAUGCGGCACUGCCUCCGCUGCGCAACACCGACAUCCAUGAGAAUCCGACGCCUCUCGACUUCCCCGACUUGGAUCCUACUUUCUUGGCAACGCUUCAUGAGGUUUUCGAUCUCACCUUCGCAGGAUAGUCUCAACUUGCCGUACAUAAAUGAAGCAUAGCGCAGAGAGAAGGAGAACCGGUCGGAAGAGGGUUCUGAAGUAGCUGCUCAACGCAGAGAAACUGCAUUUACUCCUGAUGUAUGAGUGAUCCAUCUCCCGAGGAAAAUUUUGUAUAUGAUGUUUCGGUCUGCAAAUCAGCUUGCUUCGCCUAUGUUUCCAGUAUACUAGUUUAGUAGAUGAGUCAGACAUUCUCGAGCAACAUCUCAGACUCGGAAGUCUCUGUUGUUAAGUUGUUGAUGUGUUGUACUAGUAAUGUCUAAGCCAUGUAAUGGAUCACCGGGUGCUUUGAAAUGA